CUCGACAAGCAUAAACGGCAUCAUGUCGCUGACAACAUGCUUGUCUGCGUUUUUGCUCCUAGUGAGCGGUUCAUCAGCCGAAAUUCUCAAUAAGGCGUGGUGGAACAAUACUGUCUUUUAUCAGAUUUAUCCGAGGAGCUUGUACGAUACAAAUGCCGAUGGCGUAGGCGAUCUGAAAGGAAUAACUUUAAAGUUACCCUACAUCGUGGAAAGUGGAAUCAACGCAAUAUGGCUGUCGCCUAUAUAUCCCAGUCCUAUGGUUGAUUUCGGGUAUGAUAUAUCCAAUUUUACAGCUAUCGAUCCAGUUUUUGGCACAAUGGAUGAUUUCAAGACUUUCUUGGCGAAAGCUAAGGAUCUCCAUUUAAAAGUGGUUCUCGAUCUCGUACCUAAUCAUUCAUCUGACAAGCACCCAUGGUUCCAAAAGGGUCUUCAAGGCGAUGAGAAAUAUAAGAAUUAUUAUAUGUGGGCAGAAGGUAAAAAUAAAGAUGAUAAAACGCCGCCUAACAAUUGGCUUAGUGUGUUCAGUGGCUCCGCGUGGGAAUAUGUCGAUUCGCAAAAACAAUGGUAUUUUCAUCAAUUCGAUUAUAGACAGCCUGAUUUGAACUUCUCAAAUCCUGAUGUGAGAGAGGAGAUGAAAAAUGUAUUGAAAUUUUGGUUGGAUAUGGGUAUAGAUGGAUUCCGCAUCGAUUCCGCCCCCUUUAUUUAUGAAGACAAAGAAUUGCGAGAUGAGCCCAGAAGUUAUGCGCCCGAUCUCACACCGCGAGAUUACGGGUACUUGAGUCACAUUUAUACCGUCGAUCAAAAACCUACUUAUGAGCUAUUCGGAGAUUGGCGAAAAUACGUAGAUGAAUAUUCUGACGAGCACAAUCAAGAUCAGAAGAUGAUGGUGAUGGAGGCAUAUGCCAGUUUCCCGCAUACCAUAGAAUAUUAUGAUUAUGAUGUGACCCCUUUCAAUUUUAUGUUUAUUACAAAUAUGACUAUUAAUUCGUCUGCGGAAGUUUACAAAGAAAAAAUAGACGGUUGGAUGAACGCAAUGCCGAGUGGUAAAAUUGCCAAUUGGGUGUUGGGAAAUCAUGACAAUCCACGCGUAGCCUCGCGUUAUCCUGGCAGAUUGGACCAAAUGACCAUGCUGUCCAUGAUUUUGCCGGGCUUAGCAGUGACCUAUAAUGGCGAUGAAAUCGGCAUGGUGGAUAAGAGAGAUAUAUCCUGGGUAGAUACGCAGGAUCCUGAGGCGUGCAACGCAGGCAAAGAGCAUUAUGCGGCUGUAUCUCGCGAUCCAGAACGGACGCCAUUCCAAUGGGACGCGACGAAGAACGCAGGUUUUAGUACGGCAAAUAAAACAUGGCUUCCGGUGAAUGAUAACUACAAAAAGUUGAACUUGUUGAAAGAGACUCGGGCUCGUGAAUCGCACUACAAAAUCUACAAAACUUUAGCCCACAUGCACCGAGAGGAACCAGCACUUACCAAAGGAAGUUACAGAUCGUUCUUAGCAAAUAAUGGUACAGUCUUGGGUGUGGUGCGAAACUCUGGUUGCCGCACCGUGCUGCUUCUGAUUAACUUCUUGGACCACAAAUCUCAACAAGUCGAUCUAUCAGAUGAAGAACUUCCGGCACUAAUGAAGGUCAAGCUUGCCAGCUUGGGUGCUCACGUAAAAAGAAGGAACCGUCCGGUUCUCAUAAACGAUAUACAUUUACCUAAGAAAGCUGCUGUAGUGUACACGUCUCUAGACAUGUAAAUGACUCUGAAUAUGUUAUUUUCAAAGCACAUAUAUUUAACUAAAAACUUUUUGAUUGUAAAUUUAUAAAUUAUAAUGUUUCUUGCAAUAAAAAACGAUAAGUAACACUUAA